AUGAACGACAUGCCUUCCGCCGGAGCUCAAGAUAGUGCUCAUCUGAACCAGAUCGCAGACGAGGUCGCGAUUGCAUUCUCUGGCCUGUGGUUCCACGAGUUUGUCAUACAUCUGCAGUACGACUGGAGGCUGUUCAUGCAACCUGGCGCGGGACGUCCUUUCACGUCACACCUUGGAAAAUGGACAUAUCUGGCUUGUAGAAUAUGUCCUCUCGUGUUCAGCAUCUGUCUGUGUAUAUUCUCGUUUCCUGGACGACCACAUUGCCAGGCCCUGAUGAAGCUGGCCAUCGUGUCGGGAACCCUUGGGUUGACAUGUUCAUCUGCAUUGCUUUCCAUACGGGUUGCCGCUGUAUGGCUGUGGGACAAGCGUGUUGCAUGUAUUCUAGCGGGGAUAGAUCUAACCGUCUUGGCUUUUUUCGUCUAUUAUAUGGUCAAGGUCGAUUCGUCGUACGAUCCGAUGAUACAAAGCUGCAUUCUCAACGGAGUGCUUGACGAUCUGUUACCCUCCGUAGCGCUUCUCGCCGGUGAUUGCGUGGUUCUAGCCCUUCUAUUGACUGGUCUACAAAGAAAAUGGCGGGACGUCCGACACCUACGAUUGUGGAACGUGCUCUGGUCUCAGGGUUUGUUCUACCUUGUCAUUGCUGCGCUGGUUGAGGUACCGGUGGUGGUAUUGCUUUUCGUAGACUUGGAUCCGGGUGUGAAUGCGAUCAUUAUCGACUACGAAGUUUUCCUCUUGGCACUAUGCUCGACGCGCAUGUUUCGUUUCCUGAACGGAACACUGGGAGGCCGAGAAGGAGAGUCAGAGGUAUUCACCAAUGGUGCACCGCGUGGCAGGCUGGCCAUGCUGCAAGGCGAUAGCGUCCGCCUGGUCACCAUCCGAACCGAUAACAUGAGGCAAGAAUGA